GCGCUCCGGCUGAAGAUGAUCCUUCACUUUUCUCUGCGCUCCAUUCAAAGAUAAAUCGUGCGCGCGGCUCGGACGAUUCAACUUCGACUUUUAUGCGGAAAUGGACAGAUUAAACGCCCACGAAUAUGAGUGGGCAAGGGGGUUAAAGCGAUUAAACCGUUUACCUUCCACUGAGCUACUGUAAACGAAGAGCAUACAAGUGUAUGACGUGUUGUGCGGUAUAUCAUGUGCAUGGGUAGCCUAAUAUCGUUAUAAUAAUUAUGUUAAAUAAUAAUUCUGGAAAUUAUGUUAAAAUGCAUUUAUCUCCCUAUCUAUUAAGAAAACGUGCUUACUGUUAAUAUGACGUUUAUUUCACCUAAUGAACCGCGGACUCUCCUGAUUCCUGGUACAAGUGCAGGAAUUUCUCCCUGCAGCGUGUCGGCAGCUUUGGCUUCCUACUCAAAGUCAAGUCGGAUGCGCCGCGACGUCCAACUCAUGUUUCACUUUUUGAAUAUUUGUAAUUUCAAGUUUCAGCUAAAACUCUUUAAAUCUGGCCGGGAGGGGGUCGCACGAGCUAAAAGAGUGAUGGCUGCAAACCACUGAAAGUAUCACACACAGGCGGCAUGUAAGAUGCUGUCACGGUGUAGUUAAUAGAUUAUAAUAAGUAAACAUUACGGGCUUUUAAACUCUUUGUAGUCAAGAUUGAUGCACCUCUCAUUAUAUUUGUCGUAAAGACUCGGAAUGUGAGGGCCCCCCUGUUAUUGGUUUAUGAUAUCCUUAUUAGAAGAGGUGAUUUUUCUGUCAAAGCCAGGUGUGGUCUCUCCAGAUCGCGAUAUCUGCAUUCAUUCAAAGCUACCGUUUACAGUUCAGACAUGCAUGCUAGCAGACACGCUAACAUGGUUUUGAAACUUGUGUCCAAUUUCCAUUACAAUUAUUCCAUAAAAACACAAGGUUUCUGCCCUGUGGGCUGACAAAGUGGUGCAGUGGUUAGCACUGAGGCCUCACACCUCUGGGAAGGGGGUUUUAAGUUUCCACCAGCGUUCCAUGUAUGUGGAGUUUGCAUGUUCUCCCUGUGUCGUCAUGGGGUUUCCUGAGGGUACUCCAGUUUCCCCCCAUAGUCCAAAAGCAUGCUGAGGUUAAUUGGAGCUACUGAAUUUCCUGUAGGUGUGCAUGUGUGAGCAAAUAGUGUGUGAGUGUGCCCUGCAAUGGGCUGCCCCCCAUCCUGAAUUGGUCCAUGUUUCGUGCUCCAUCCCUCUGGAUUGGCCCUGGACCCCCUGUGACCCUGAACAGGACAAGUGGAUGGAUGGGACUAUCCUGCAAUAAUCAUAAUUCAAGCAUCUAUGUGGCUUUAGCUAAACCAAAACUCAAAAGGACAAAUUGGUUUCAAAACCAGCUGCACACAUAAGACAGACCUGCAGCUGUUCAGCAGGAGCUCCCCACCAUCUUCAAACACCAGAGAAUGAUGAUGUGUACAACAAACAAGAAAAUACAUGUGCUUCAUGUGAAAUUCAAUAACAAGCGGAAGGGCCCUUUACACAAAUAUGAAUCAUGAAAAAAACUGAGUAAAACUUGAUUCUAGUGAAAUGUCAAAGAGUAUCAUUGUUGUCUCCUAAGUCAGUUUAUUAAACCGAACUGGUUAAUGGCCAGUUAUUGAAAAUGUGUUCUGGAUAAAGUGAUACAACGAGAAAAUCUGAAAGUAACAUAAUGCAAACAUAGACUGCACCCCCUGGACGUGUGACCAUGUCGAUUCCGGUGUCCCGUAAGUAUCGUGGGUAUGUGUCCUGCAAGUAGUCAUGACCGAACAGAGAACAGGUUUUGCGGUUUUCGGCGUAUAUAAAUAAGGAACUGGUGGUGGGGGGGGUUGAUGAGCCCUUUAGAAAGGCGCUAAUGGCAGCCCUGGCACUGGAAUUCCAGCAGGCAGCGGGUGACCUGUGGAGGUCACAGGCAGCUGCUAUAUUUAUCCACUGAAACCCGAUCGCUGGAACCCACCCCUGGCUCUGCUCGGUCCGGGGCCGCAGCUUGAACGGCAGUAUCCCCAUCCUCUUGAGGCUUAGAUGGGGAGUCUCUCUGCUGCCCUCACGCCACGUUUGCAUCGGCUGCCAGUCGUACAGUAAAUGCGGUCUGCCUGUGCAUCCCCUGCGGCUGAGAUCCCAGCAUGUCUCGCGCAUCGUCCACGGCCAAGCGCUACGCUGGCUCCUCCUACACCAGCCACUACGGCUCCUAUGGCUCCUCCCUGGGCUCCGGCCUGGGCUCCUAUGGCGAGCGGGACCGGCUGGCCUAUAAGAGCAGCUCCUCCAGCUACACCCCCUCCAGCUACACCCCCUCCAGCUACCUGAGCGGCAGCGCCAGCCGCUCCCGCACCUACGGCACUUCCGUGGAGCCCGACCGUGGGCGAACCACCCCCCGGACUGACCUACUGGGGGGCCGGCGCAGCGAAAGCAUGAGUCGAGCUCCGGUGAGGUCGUACGGCUCGGGGCUGAGUGGGGGUGGGGUCUACUCCUCCUUCAGCUAUUCCCCAUCCGUGCCCAGCUACCUGUCCUCCGCACCUGCCACCUCCAGCAUCUCUCUGUCCCGCCGCCGCUCCGUGAGCCAGAGCGACCUGACGCACCAGCUGACGUCGCUGGCACUGAGCGACCCCACCUCCUGCUCCUCUUCUUCCUCAUCCCCGUCCUCCUCCUCAUCUAGUGGACUGAAGUCAUCGUACCACAGCCGCGGGAGCGAGCCGGUCGAGCCCUACAGCAGCUCUCGCUUUGGAUCCGCCCUCCCACGCGGCUCCACGCAGGACACAGUAACCAACAGCAACCGCUUCACCCCGUCCUGGGAUAGAGGUUUCAGCCGCUCCAUCUCCCCAACGCGGGACACUCUGAACUCCAAAAGUGCUCAGGGCCUGGUGGGGCUGAAGAACCUGGGGAACACCUGCUUCAUGAACUCCAUCCUGCAGUGCCUCAGUAACACGCAGAGCCUGUGCGAUUACUGCCGGAACAACAGCUACCGGCGGGAGCUCAACAGCAACAGCCGGGGCAAUGGCACACUGAUGGAGGAGUUUGCCAGGCUCAUCCAGCGGCUGUGGACGUCGUCGGGCGGCGACGCUGUCAGCCCCUCCGAGUUCAAAACGCAGAUCCAGAAAUACGCCCCCAGAUUUGUAGGCUACAAUCAGCAGGACGCGCAGGAGUUCUUGCGCUUCCUGUUGGAUGGUCUGCACAACGAGGUGAACCGUGUCACAGCCCGCCCCCGGGGGCACGUCGAGGACCUGGACCACCUGCCGGACGAUGAGAAAGGGAAACGCAUGUGGAACCGCUACCUGGAAAGAGAGGACAGUAAGAUAGUGGAUCUCUUCGUGGGCCAGCUGAAGAGCUCACUGACCUGCUGCCAAUGUGGUUACUGCUCCACUGUGUUCGACCCGUUCUGGGAUCUGUCUCUGCCCAUCGCCAAGAAGGGCCAUGGUGAGGUCAGUCUGAUGGAAUGCAUGAGGCUCUUCACCAAGGAGGACGUGCUGGACGGAGACGAGAAACCAACGUGCUACAGGUGUAAGGCCAGGCGGAAAUGCACGAAGAAAUUCACCAUCCAGCGGUUUCCCAAGAUCCUGGUGCUGCAUCUAAAACGGUUCUCUGAAGCUCGUAUCAGAACCAGCAAGCUGUCCACGUUUGUCAGCUUCCCCCUGAAGGAGCUGGACCUUAGGGAGUUUGCGUCAGAGAACAGCACCAAUGCAGUUUACAACCUGUAUGCAGUGUCCAAUCACUCUGGCACCACCAUGGGAGGACACUACACAGCCUAUUGCCGCAACCCUCCCUCUGGGGAGUGGUACACCUUCAAUGACUCCAGAGUGACGCCAAUGUCCUCCAGCCAAGUGCGCAGCAGUGAUGCCUACGUGCUGUUUUACGAGCUGGCCACCUCCUCGCGGAUGUGAGAUCCCCACCCCCGGAUGAGCUGGAGGAGAAUGGGCGGGAGCCAGGCCCAUUGGGACUGCUGACACGGAUAAGGGGGCGGAGCCCAGCAUCUGAUGUCAGCGAGAGAGAGGUUGCCUCCGCCCAAAUGCCCGUCACGUCCAAGAGGGACAUUCUGCAGGGAUCCUGAGCUGCCCCCCACUUACUCAGUCACAUGCACACAGCCUGUGUGCAGUGGGGGUGGGGGUCUGUCUGCGUGUGAGGCAGGGACGGUACCACCGGAAGGUCUCUGGCGUCAGCCGUCUAUGCACUGCACCUGCGGCCUCAGCUCUUUCUGUUCAGGAUCGUCAGUCUCAAAAGAAGACUCCUCACACUUCAUUUUCCCUUUGCAUUUUUCUUGUUGGUUUUUUUAUUUAUAAUCUCCCUGCACCUGAAAGAUGGUCAGGUUUGUGGUGCCCCCUGCUGGGAAUAGUAGACAAUUUAAGUUGCCUCUGAGCUUCAGGUUUUGGGUUUUGAAGAGCAGGCAGCUCACUGUCGCCCCAUUCGUCACACUCCAUCUCAUCACCUUCCCAUCACUCCCACAAGGUGGCGCUGUGCUGUCCAAAGUCUGCAUUCUAUUCAGAAGACUGUCCUGUAACGGUUUUAUCUGUGUGGCUGCUAUUGAUUACUGUUUUUAAAAUGCUGUGAAAAUGAAUGACAAUCUAAGGUACACUAACGUAAUCCUGACAGUAUGAAUUUAACAUGCCAUUGAACAACAUGGAAAAGAAUGUUUUGGAAACAGCAUAAAUGUAUAUUUUUAUAUUGUGAUGCAAUAUAGAGAAUGUAGGACACUGUGGUGCUGAAAUGACUCAUUACUGUGUUCAGUUAAAUUAACAGGAGUGAGAGACUUAUUUAUGCUGACUGGUGAUAAAGUGAUCAGUCACUUUUUAACCAUGGCUGUUAAAAAAUUAAAUAUAUAUAUUAUAUAUAAAUUAUGUAUUUAUAUAUUAUAUAUAUAUAAAUCAAAUAAACUUUUAAAACAA